UGAUCUGAACGCAGAGCACAAGAAGACUGAACUAAACUCUAUACAGCAGCAUGAAUCACCUUGCCUUGUUUUGCUUUUUACUCAACGUAUCUGGUGUGUUUAUGGCAAUAACGUUAAGCCCUGGUAUGACUUCGACAACCUACAAAAGGUCAUGUCUUGAAAUCAAAACAAGUGCACCCAAUGCAUUGAGUGGUCUUUAUGACAUUUUGGUGGAUAACACGGUGAUCGCAGUCUACUGCGAGAUGGCGAGGGCUGGUGGAGGAUAUACCUUUAUACCGCGCGAGGCUGUUAGGCGAUCAAAACUUCCAAGCCUGAUAAGACAAAUUUUCAAAAAAAAGACAAAGGUCCUUUUUCGUUUUCAAAAGAAAGAUGGCCUACAACCAUUCACCGUCAUAACCCAACUUUCACGCUAUUCCAGACAGAAAAUCGGGGUACUGAUGCACAACUACGUCGGCUAUACUCGUCCACUGAACGCUGGUCUUGGUGAUUAUAUCUAUGUUGGUAUAUUACCUGCAUCCAUAGCGCGAGCCAGGAUUGUUCAAGGAUUCAGAUCAAAUGGCAGAAGUGUAAAUUUCACAAGCUGUGGCUCUAGUCCAAACUCUUUUUUUGCGUUCUUCCCAAACCAUCGCGAAAUUCCCAUUAACGGUUAUCAUAGUGGGAACCUUGUUUAUGAACAACGUGGUGUCGCAGUAGACUGGCGUAACACUGGAAUUCCCUCUUACGGUCACCGUCAGAUGCCCAACAACUUUUUCUUCCUUACCGAGAUUCAUUUUGGAGGAUGUGGCACGUACACCUCAAGUGAUCGCUGGACAGAUGCCUUUGGUACUGCAAUUGGCCUUCGUUAAGGAAAGAACUCUCAUUGUUCUAACCUUUAUUUUUUCAUAAUCUUUUUCAUCACUUAUAAGGGGUAGAUUAGAAUUAUUUUGGACGAGAUUCUUCAGAAACAUAAAUCAUUUAUGUAAUAUUUUGGAAAAAUACA